AUGGCUGUAAUUCGAUCACAUCACGCUUUCUUGCCAGGAACACCAGGACCACCAGGACUGCCUCAUCUCUCCCGCCAGGGUAGCAUUAGCUUGGCAGGACGUGGAACAUCGAGCCCCCAAAGGCGUCAGCGAAAAAGUGCUAUAGCGCGCCUACGGAAGCAAGCAUUACUCCACUCCGUAAAGACUCGUCCGAUGCCGCGGGCCGCCCCCAUUUGGUGCCGUAAUAUCAUUGGACUACGAAAGACUCAUGCGAAAAGCGUGCAUAGGACAUCUGCAGCUCUAUUUUUGGCGCUCUUCCCUGAGCAGUACUGUGCGCGCACAACCCUAUUAGCAGCCGCCUUUGGUGGCCUUGGAGUGUCAUAUGCCCAAACGCCCACUGCAUACCCUCCCUCGAAUACAACUACCCCAACUCCCGUCGGAAACCUGGCUCCAUGCGCCCAAGUCAGCGUCUUCCUUAGCAAACUCCCUGACGGCCAUACGCCACUCAUUCCAGCCGAAGUCGCAUACGCAUGUCUCAGUACAGUCCCUGUAGAUGUCCAGGGGAACCAACUGUUGAUUGAACAGUUGAAAGUCUUCCUCCAAUGGAACAGCAAUACAGCAUACCUGAAGAACCCCCCGAGGCAGUUCGGAUACAAGGAGAAAGCAGUGGAUAUCAUGGGUGGCCUUGAUAUCAUUUCUCGCGGCAUCAAGAAUGGGCUCUACAUGAGUGAAUACGCCGCGCAGAUUGCCAUCGGAAACCUGCUUAACAGAGGUUACGACAAUCAUCUUUACUAUUCAGCCGAUAUUGGCGACAUCUUCAUUUUUGAACGCCCGAUUGGUCUAGUAUCUGUUUCCACCGACGGGGUUGCGCUUCCAGAACUUUACGUUUACGAUGACCUUAACGCCACUGCCAAUGGAGCAACUUUCACACCCUCUGUGGUUAAGACCAUCGACGACGUAGAUGCCAGCACCUGGCUCGGUUUGCAAGCAGAGGCCCAGGCAUUCCACGACGCAGACGCUCGUUACAAUACCCUGUUCCCGCAACAAGCGAGCGGGUCCAUAUCGGGUUUGAAUUUGGGGGGCUUUAAAGUUCCCACAACUUACGUCGGACCAACCACAAAUAUCACGUUUGCGAAUGGCACUACAUUGGGUCUCGAAAACCUAGCAGUCAUUAACGCAGCUUCGUUCGAAGGAGUUGAUAGCGGGGAGACUUUCUUCUCUCGGUUCUGUACAGGACCAAAAGCACCAGAACCAACACCGACCCCCAGCGGAACUCCGGAGGCUCCCUCUUCAACUCCAGCACCCCCCACCCCGACUCCUACCAAUUAUCCCGAGCCUGUUGUGUACGAUGCGGUUGGGUUGACCAUCGGAGGAUACUACCUCGAUGGCGCUGGCUAUGAAGAUGUAGCUGUGCUUAGUAUCCCAUCGUUCGAGUCAAAACUUGGUGUGGGAACCUUCCAGAACGUCACUCGAGACUUCCUUGCCGAUGCCAAAUCAAAAGGGAAGAGCAAGCUCGUCGUCGAUUUGCGUCAAAAUGGUGGUGGCUUGGUUUACGCUGGGUUCGAAGUAUUCAAACAACUAUUCCCCACGAUCGAACCCUAUGGUGCUAGUCGGUUCCGGGCUCAAGACGCGUGGCAUAUAAUUGGCGAAGGAGUCACGAUAUACAGGGAAAACGUGACGCUGCAACAGGCUCUUAACGAAACGAACUCAACUCUUUUCAAUUAUGCCGCAACUGGCAUGCUGAGCGAUUUCGACUACACCCAAAAUCUGGAUAUCAACAACAAGAAUUUCACGUCGUUUAAUGAGUUCUACGGGCCACACACUGUUUACAAUGAUCAAUUCACCACAACCCGCAGACCCAAUUUCGACAUUCAAAACGUUGGCGUCACCCUCACCGGCACCGGCGACCUCUCAAAUGUCACAGCGCAACCCUUCACCGCCGAUAACAUCGUUAUCCUGCAAGAUGGCCAAUGCUCUUCCACUUGCAGCAUCUUCUCACUUCUGAUGAGCUCACAAGGUCACGUGGAGAGUAUCGCCAUCGGUGGGCUUCCCGUAGCCGCGCCCAUGCAAGCUGUGUCUGGCACGAAGGGCUCGCGUGUCCUUGAGUUCUAUACUAUCAACGACUUUGCGCUGAAAUUCAUGGAGAUUGUCACCUCGCUCCAUGAGGAAACCGCCGCAAAGCUCAAUGCAACCGUCAUCGGCACACUCGCAUACCCGAGCCAAUUAGCACAGCGUCUCGCCUACCGAAGUGGCAAGCCUGUCGGAUCUAUCAACGCAGAGGACACCCUGCUCAAGAAUGACACGACCGAAACGCCGUCGGAGUUCCACUAUGAGGCUGCGGAUUGCAAGAUAUUCUACACCGCGAAACAGAUCCUGGAUGUCACGGAAGUGUGGAAGACUGUCGCGGACACGAAGUGGGGUAACAAGAAGUGCGUUGCUAACUCUACUGGCGAUCCUACGAGCGAGUCCGUGGUGUACAACAGCACCACCCCGGAGACUACUAACAACAACGCCGCUGUGAGGGGCGCCAGCGUGUCUAUGUUUGCGGCUGUUGGUGUGGUAUUGGCGCUCUUCUUGUAGAGUUUUUGACGCCGUCGGUGGAGGCUCUUCCAUUCUUUGUAUGAACUCGUAGGGAUGCAUGAUUCGGCGUUACUCCUAAAUGCCAUGACUUCUUUUUGCAUGUUCCAGUCCUUUUGAGCGGUCCUUGUGAAAAUAUGCGGGAAAACAGGGUCUCAUUGACUCUUUUCUUUCCUCUUUUUAUGUCCCCUCUGCAUGAUACAUGUAUGAUUGCUGCACUUCUCCUUCACGAGAACAUCCCUAUUUCUUUGCACCUAAUAUCUGGUUAGAAUACCGUGUCACUCAAAAAUUGACAAAGCCUUGUAGUAAUUUACGGUCAUCUCUCGUAAGACUUCUAAGAGCUCCUGGCAACU